AUGCAUAAAGGAAAGAAAAUAGCAGAAGCAAUUGAAGCAGAGGCAUUUAUCAAUAGGGUGUAUGAUGUUCUUAUUGAAGAUGUGAUAGAAGAUACAAGCAAUCUUCCUUCGUUGUAUGAUAUUCAAGAAAAAGCAAAUAAAGUUAUAAAAGACAAAGCCUUGGGUAUUAUAAAUAAAGAAGAACUUGAUAGAUUAAAGAAAAAUAUUGAUUUCAGUGCAGUACUAUCCUUUUUUCGUUUGGAAAACAAAGAGGAGGAUACGCAAUUACUUAUUCCUAUAGAGCAUGGAGAUCCUCUUUAUGUAGCGUUAGACACAGGGCUAAGCCCUGAAGAAGAAGAAAAUAUAGAUGUAUACAAGAACAGAAACAGAGCGGUGGUAAACAUUACCACAGAGGUUCUAGCCUACACAUGGUUUUUUGAGCCAGUUCCAAGAGAGGGUGGUGGUGGCUCGGGCUCAGUUAUUGAUCCCCGUGGGUACAUAAUUACGAAUUAUCAUGUUAUAGAAAAUGUAAAUAAAGUGUUUGUUACUUUUUGGGAUGGUUCGAAAGUAGAGGGUGAUGUUAUUGGCAUUGAUAUUGAAAACGAUCUCUCUGUUCUGAAAGUAGAAAUGCUUCCCUCUAACACAGGUGUUAUCCCUCUUGGAGAUUCUUCGAAAUUAGAGGUAGGGCAUAAGGUAUUGGCAAUAGGCAAUCCUUUUGGGCUUGAUAGAACAUUAACUGCAGGCAUUAUUUCUGGGUUGGGAAGACCUAUACGUGGAGAGAACAAUAUUAUCAUACAAAACAUGAUUCAGACAGAUGCGUCUAUAAACCCCGGAAACAGUGGCGGUCCUCUACUCAAUAGACAAGGAGAGCUUAUAGGGGUAAAUACUAGCAUACUCACUAGCAGACAGGGCUCUGUUGGCAUUGGCUUUGCAGUUCCUUCUGAAACAGCGAAACGUGUAGUGCCAGAUCUUAUACGCUAUGGCCAGGUGCGAAGAGGGUGGAUUGAAUGGCAGGUACAGCCUCUGUUUCGCGAACUAGUGCUCUACGCUCAGUUGGAGGUAACAAAGGGGCUGCUUAUCAGCACUCUUGAGAAAAACAGCAAUGCAGCAGAGGCUGGGCUAAAAGGGGGGGACCCUCGCAAGCGUGUGCAGUAUGGAAGAAGUACCAUUUAUCUAGGGGGGGAUAUUAUUACAAAGAUAGGCGAUGUAGAGGUAAGUUCUAUGUCUGAUUUGCUGGAGUCCUUAGAACAAACAGCUCCUGGACAAACUAUAGCAGUAGAAUAUUACAGAGGAAGACAGAAAAGAACGAGCAGCAUUACCCUUGUAGAACGACCUGAAAGAGUCCUUAUAGAGCAAACUCGCGGUUUUCUUUCUGAUUAA